AUGGGUAAACUCUCCAUUGCCUUUGCUUUGUUCGCCACCGCUGCUGCUCAACUUAGCAAUGAAUAUUUGCCUCCCAAUGUAGGUGGCGGUGGUGCUAUUGGUGCUGCCAGUUAUGGUGUGGCUGCCAGCGCUCCAGCUGCCGAAGUAGCUUAUGCCGCCCCAGCUGCUUCCUAUGAAAGCUAUGAAGUUGAAGCUGCUGCUCCUGCACAUUCCUUCUCGGAAGCCGAUGGUUAUCGUUACAAGACCCAACGUCGUCGUGUUGUGAAGACAGCUCGCCGUCAUCGUCGUGAAGUUUCAGCUGAAUAUUUGCCACCAGCAGCCUCUGCUCCAGCUGUUUCUUAUGCUGCUGCUCCCGUUGAUAACUAUGGUGCUCCUGCCGCUUCAUCAUCCUAUGAAUCGUAUGAUGUCGAUGCUUCGGCACCAGCUCAUUCCUUCUCUGAAGCUGAUGGUUAUCGUUAUAAGACCCAACGCCGUCGUGUCAUUCGUCGUAAUCGUUUCUAG